GAGGAUCUACGAGAAUAAAAGACAUGCGGAUGAAACGCGUCCUCCGUUCCACGGGAAGCAUCGCCAAUGGACGAAUAACUCGAGGAUAAAUAAAAAAAUGCGAACGAGUUUUUCGAUUGGAGGAUUCGAUCUAUCGCAAUUUGAUUUCUUCAGGAUUUCGACGAAUUCGAUAAAAAAAUCGUCAAAGAAAUCGAGAACCGAUGAAUUCUCUCGAGGCGAGUGGCUGACCUAAUUCAGAAGCUAGCCAGGAACUGUUUGCGGUCGGACGAUAACAGACGCGCAGAUAACGCGCGAUUUACGCGACCCCUACGACUCGCCAAAGUCGGAGAAAGAGAUAAGGAGCAGGGAGAAGCUGCAAUCUUUUCUCAGCGGGUCAGUCGGUUCACUGGGUCGCGAUGUAUCAACGAGUGGUGCUGGUGAGCCUCCCACAGGCGUCGAGCAUCGACAUCGAAUUCACCAACGUUACCUACGAGGCUCAAGAAGGGUUUCUGGGUCCUACGAAACAGAUCCUGAAGGGAGUCAGUGGUGCGUUCAAAUCCGGAGUGCUGACGGCCAUCAUGGGUCCGUCAGGCGCGGGCAAGUCGACUCUGCUGAACAUUUUGACGGGUUUCGAGCGGGACAAAUGGAAGGGUCAGAUCGAGUACAUCGGCAAGGACGGUAAGCACACGCUGAAGGAGUACAGAAAGCAGUCGUGCUACAUCCAGCAGGACGACCAGCUGCAUCCCCUGUUCACCGUGCACGAAGCCAUGCGAAUGGCGACGGAUCUGAAGAUCGGCAGCAGUCUGAGCAGAAAGGCGAAGGAGAUGCUGAUCGACGACGUGCUGGAGAACUUGGAUCUCAGCAAGACGAAAGACACCAGGUGCAGCCAGCUGAGCGGUGGCCAGCGGAAGAGGCUCAGCAUAGCGCUGGAACUGUUGGACAACCCACCAGUGAUGUUCCUAGACGAACCAACGACCGGCCUCGACGCUCUGUCCUCUUAUCAGUGCAUCAGGCUACUGCAGAGCCUAGCCAAGGCUGGCAGAACCAUUGUCUGCACCAUCCACCAGCCCAGCGCUGCCAUCUACGAGAUGUUCGACAACGUCUUCCUCCUGGCGGGUGGCAGAUGCAUGUACGACGGCGCGACUAAAAAUACGAUCGCGUAUUUCGCCAGUGCUGGCCUCCACUGCCCCAAAUACCACAAUCCUGCCGAUUAUAUGAUAGAGGUAAUCAGCGGGGAGUACGGAGACUUUAGCGAUCAACUGCACAAGCUCGCCACCAGCAAGGAGCAGUCGUGGCGGUCGAAUGUGUCGCAGAUUCUGAAGAAGGAAGCUGACGCAAAUUUCACGAACGAGAGCAAGGCGACGGUCCUGGUUCAGCCGCCUUCGGAGUUGGAGAGGUUCGUCGUGCUGCUGCACUGGCAUAUGAUUCAACUGUUCAGGGACUGGACGGUCACCUACCUGAAGCUGCUGAUUCAUCUUCUGGUGGGCAUAAUGCUCGGCUUGCUGUUCACGGACUCGGGCAUGGACGGCAGCAAGUCUCUCAGCAACGUUGGAUUCUUCGUGGUCACUUCUGUUUAUCUGUGCUACACCAGCAUGAUGCCGGCGGUGCUCAAGUUCCCUUUGGAGUUCUCCAUGUUGAAAAAGGAGAGAUUCAAUAAUUGGUAUACAUUGAAGACGUACUACGCCGCGACUAUCAUCUGCAACGUGCCUCUGCAGAUGAUGUUCGCGUUCGUCUACAGCUCCGUCUCCUACUUCCUUAGCCAUCAACCCGCUGACACCAACAGGUUUCUCAUGUUCCUGGCCGUGGCGAUCAUGACCACGCUGAUAGCGGAGAGUUUCGGAAUUUUGAUUGGUACUCUGCUGAAUCCUGUAAACGGAACCUUCACGGCCGCCAUCAUCACGUGCGCCAUGCUGGUCUUGUCAGGAUUCCUGGCCCUCUACGAUCACAUGCCCGUUGUUCUCUACUACGUCAGCUAUCUGAGUUAUUUGAAGUACUCGGUGCACGCGUUCGUGCACACGAUAUACGGUUUCAACCGAGAGAAGUUGUCCUGCCCGAGGUCCUACUGCCACUAUCGCAUCCCAGAGCUCAUGUUGACGGACCUGUCCAUGACGGACGGCAAGUACUGGAUCGACAUCUGUCUACUCUUCUGCAAUUACGUGUUAUUCAGAAUCGCGGCGUACUGCACGCUCAAAAAGAAACUCGCCUCGGCCUGAGAUCCUGUUGCUGUUCUUGUGGUGAUUGUUUCGUGAAACGAGGACUUGCUCGGGCGUCACCUGGAGGUUUGUUGUACCAAAGGUGGUGUUAUCGCGUCACUCGGUAUCCAAAGGUGAUUGUGAUCUAGGACAAAAGUGCCCUGUAACUGUGCAAAUAAAGACGAUUAUGUCACUUUUGCGAUCGGACGCUCGCCGAUGGAAAUGGGAAUUUUCGCGAUAAACGCGACAUAACUUCCUGGCAUUGUUCUGUGAAACGAGUAUUGUUUUAUCAUUCACUGUUUUGUACUUGGCGUGAAACUCUAUUAAAAACGUUUCCAAUAAAGGCUCCGCAUCUCUUUCCCU